AACUCACGCUUGUACGUACGAUCACUCGCUGUGAUCUCUCAGAUUAAGUUCGUAUCAUCUCUCGUCGCUCCAAAUACUCAGGCAGCCAUGUUGAAUUGGUUGAAAGGCGGAGAGAAACCCAAGGUGGACACAAGCGAAUUCCACAUUCCCGAAAGCUAUCGAGGUUCCGAAGGCCCGCGCUACAAGGUUCUCGAAUGCAAAGAUGGUUACGAAGUUCGCUUGUAUGAAGACUCCCACUGGGUCAAGACAAGGUUUGAAGACGGAAACCUAGAAAAUUGCUCAAGUACCGGAUUCUGGAGACUCUUCAACUACAUCAGGGGAGAGAACGAAGGGGAAAAGAAAAUGGCCAUGACUGUGCCUGUUCAUUCCCAAGUCGAACUCGACAACGAAGGAAAAUGCAAGGCCUUCACUAUGUCUUUUUACACCCCAGCCGAGUUCCAAGCCACACCUCCAGUACCUAAGGAUAAAACGGUGUUCCAUGAGAAAGUUGACGGCUGUGUUAUGUACGCCUCGAGUUUUGGUGGUUUCGCGAAAGACAAGGAUUGGCGUGAAAACGAGAAGAAACUCACAGAGGCCUUGGAGAGAGACGGCAAGGGUUAUGUGAAGAAUAUGUAUAUUGCAGCCGGCCAUGAUCCACCUUUCCGGCUGUUUGGCCGUCAUAAUGAAGUAUUACUUGUAGCUGAUCCUCAGCCCUCUUUAGCAGAGAAAGAACCCACGAAAGAUGGCGCAUCUGGUGAAUCAACUGAAUAGAUAAUUACGUAACUUUACAGCUCGUUUCUCUUUGUUUACCGCUUUACGCUUCAGUAAUCACUACCACUCUUUAUUGAAGAAAUUUGGAUUUUUUUACAGACAUCCUUGAUUUUGAACUGCAAGGACGCUUGAACAUAAACGUUUUGUGGAUUAUCACCAGAAAGCUUGAGUUCCAAAGACAAAGACGUAAAUAUCCUUAAAUUUUUCAUGGUCAUCUAUCUUGAUUUGAUUUUUGUUGUUGAAUAUUCGAGAUUAUUUCAGAAGUCUUCCCGAAUGAACCUGUUGGAUUAUAAUGAGGAAACUGUUUAAAAGCUAAGUUUGAGAAGCAUAAAUAACGCAGGGAGACUCCUAUAUUUUAUUUGUAACAGUCGUAACAAACAAUCAUGUUAGAAGUUAAACGAAAAAAAAACAGCUUUUGAAUCGGAGCGAAAUUCGCUUAUUUAAUUGAAAACUAGUCGAGUAAAGGUAAGUAUGCAAAUGUAAAACCAAUUUUACAAGAA